AUGGGCGGCCGGAAGUUCGCCGUGCUCCUGUGCGCCGAGGACUCCGACUACGUGAAGAAGGCCUACGGCGGCUACUUCGGGGUUUUCGUGCGAAUGCUGAGGGAGGAGGGCGAGGAGUGGGACGUCUUUCCGGUGGCGCGCGGCGUGUUUCCGGCGGACGGAGAGAUCGCCGCCUACGACGGAUUCGUCAUCACCGGCAGCUGCAGCGACGCCCACGGCGGCGAUCUGUGGAUCUGCAAGCUCCUCGUCCUGCUCAAGCGGUUGGACGCCAUGAAGAAGAGAGUCCUCGGCAUUUGCUUCGGACAUCAGGUCCGUCUGCUUCCUAUUUCCAGUUUUUGA